GUGAGCGGGCGACGUGGAGUGGAACCUAGCUCGGCAAGGGCCCCGCGCGGGCUCGGGCCGCCGGGUGGGCUGCGGCGCCUGCUCGGCCCUGGGAUGGUGAGGCGGCGAGGGCUGAGGCGCUGCCUGCAGCUGCUGGCGCCCCUGGCGGAGCCGGCGCGGCGGGGCCGGGGGCGGAGGAACUCGGGCGCCGGCCUCCGUCGCCCCUCCCGCUGCGCUGGGGCGCUGGGGCCGGUAGCCGAAGAGCCGCAGCAGCAGCAGAGGCGGCGGCGCGCACGCCUGCCCGCCCGGCGCACCUGGUCUUCACCAAAGAACAUGGAUGAAAAUGAAACCAACCAGCCCCUGAUGACAACUAGCCAGUAUCCUAAAGAAGCAGUAAGAAAGCGCCAAAAUUCACGGAAUUCUGGAGGAAGUGAUUCUUCUAGGUGUUCCAGGAAGAGUUUCAAACUGGAUUACAGACUAGAAGAAGAUGUAACUAAAUCAAAGAGAGGAAAGGAUGGGAGAUUCGUUAACCCUUGGCCAACAUGGAAAAAUCCCUCUAUUCUAAAUGCUCUCAGAUGGCUGAUAAUGGAAAGAGAUCACAGCGGCGUUCCAUGCUCCAAAGAGCUUGAUAAAGAACUCCCGAUACUUAAGCCAUAUUUUAUUGAUGACCCUGAAGAAGCUGGAGUGAGGGAAGCUGGCUUAAGAGUCACAUGGCUGGGACAUGCGACAGUGAUGGUGGAAAUGGACGAGCUCAUCUUGCUCACAGACCCCAUCUUCAGUGCUCGGGCCUCCCCAUCCCAGCGCGUGGGUCCCAAGCGGUUUCGUCGUGCCCCAUGCACCGUCGACGAGCUGCCCCGCAUAGACGCAGUCCUUGUCAGCCACAACCACUACGACCACCUGGACUACAGUUCUGUCAUCGCUCUCAAUGAGCGAUUCGGUAACGAGCUGAGAUGGUUUGUGCCCUUGGGGCUCCUGGACUGGAUGCAGAAGUGCGGCUGUGAGAAUGUGAUCGAGCUGGACUGGUGGGAGGAGAACUGUGUCCCCGGACAUGACAAGGUCACCUUUGUGUUCACGCCUUCCCAGCACUGGUGUAAAAGGACUCUGAUGGAUGACAACAAGGUUCUCUGGGGCAGCUGGUCUGUCUUGGGGCCUUGGAACCGAUUUUUUUUUGCAGGAGAUACUGGUUAUUGCUCUGCUUUUGAAGAGAUAGGAAAAAGAUUUGGCCCUUUUGACCUUGCAGCUAUUCCCAUUGGAGCGUAUGAACCAAGGUGGUUUAUGAAGUACCAGCAUGUAGACCCAGAAGAGGCUGUAAAGAUUCACACUGAUGUUCAGGCAAAGAAGUCUGUGGCAAUUCACUGGGGAACUUUUGCCUUAGCAAGUGAGCAUUAUUUAGAGCCUCCAGUGAAACUACGUGAAGCUCUAGAAAGAUAUGGACUUAAGACUGAGGAUUUUUUUGUCCUGAAGCACGGCGAAUCAAGACACCUUAAUACUGAUGAUGAAGACGUUGAGUAAUAUGAACAUAAUAAGAGCUUUUCAUGAAAAAGGCAUCGUUUGAUAUACAUGUGAAAAGACUAAGUAAGAAAUUCAUGAUUAUUAUGAUUCUUUACAUUUGGAAACUACUUCUAUAGGUUUAUGUUCUGUUAUCACCUGAUACUAAUAUGAUUGCUGGUCCAUAUAAGAGUUCAGAGGUGGGUCAUUAAAAUCCACAUUAACCAACUCAUUAUUUAAGGUCCUGUCUCAGUGACACAAACACUGCAAUGGUUUUUUUUUUUUAAACUAAAGCAUUCUACUUUCAUGGUAGAGUUUUGAGGUUAUGAAAAACUGCUUUUAAAAACUCACUUCUCUUUUUUUAUUCUUAGGGGCCUUCUGCAAGGUAAGUCAAGGCUAUAUACCUACCUAGAUUUUCUUAGAGGCCUGCACAGAAAAACAUUUUUUUAUAGUCACAGAGUAAAUGAUGACAUUGAUUCCCAUAUGCUUAUAGCAAUGUGUACUCUAUUAAGAUUAUACCAAAUGGUAAGUGAUUCAUUUUUUUAAACAUAAAAACAUAGGAGUUUUGGCUAAGUUACCAUUUGUAAGGACAAUUUUUUAAAGAGAGGAACAGUAUGUUCUAUGGCACAUCUACAAUCCUUAUGGCAGAAGCCCUCUGAGCUGGGAAGUGUGGUUAUGAGACAUGACUUAUGAAAUUUUCUACUUUUAAUUUAAAAGUCAUUCCUGCUCAGCACAAAUAUAGCUGCAAGGAAAUAAUUUAAAAACACAAAUGUACAUCUUAUAUGUUGAUAGACCAUAUACUUUGGAUUUUUUUU